AUGGAGGAAGCUAUGUCUGCAACUGAUUCAGCAAGGAAGAUGAUAGAUGAUGCGGAAGAGAAAUUUAGAAACAAUGACAUUAGAGGAGCCGCACGCUUAGCAUUCAAUGCCAAAAAACUAGAUUCAACUUUCGCUUCUUAUCACACUGCUUACUUGAUUCACCUGGCUGCAAAGAGAACAUUGAACAAUGGCGAGGUAGAUCAUUAUGCGAUUUUAGGGGUGGAGAACCUCUUGUCGGCCGACAAACAAACGAUUAAGAACCAGUACAAGAAGAUAGCUCUGAGUGUUCAUCCGGAUAAGAAUAAGUCGGUUGCGGCCAAUGGUGCUUUCAAUAUAAUUAGUGCAGCCAUGGAGGUGCUUUCAGAUUGUUCGAAGAGGAAGGCCUUUGAUAGUCGCCGUGCGGCCUGUCUGCAACGAGGAGGAUCGAUAAGUGUGGAGAAAUCAGCGGCGCCGGUGAAAGAGGAUAGAGCAAGUGCUUUGAGGAAUGCUAGUUUUCCGGUUAAAUGUUGUCGGUGUGAUGAUGAAGGAGCUUGUCUUUCUUAUCGGAAUGAGAGGUGGGUAACGUCCUGCAAAAAAUGUGGCCAUUCCGAAUAA